AUGACCGACACCGUGCCAACGCUCGCGCUGCGACCUUCGCUCACCACGUCGUCCACCCACUCGACAAAAGAUGGCCUGACGGGCAAGUUGACGACGCUGACGGGUGCGCUGCGGCGCCAGCGGAAUCCACAAGAGCUCAGCAUCGACCCUGGCGAGAAGGGUCCAUCGCAACAGGCAUCAACGACGACGCCUACUACGACCACGACGGAAAAGACUUCGCCCACCUUCGCCUCGAGCGAGGCGACACCUCGCCCGAGGUCCUGGCGAGGUUCGAAGAAGGGCCGGGCGGGCAUCCUGCAGCGCAAGCCGGACCUCGUCCUCGUCGCCCUGGUCCUGCUCGGGGUCGUCCUGUCCGGCAUCGUCGUCUCGCGGGCCUGGACACGCAACCCCUCGCAGCGCCUCUGCCUCGCCUUCGAAGACGACUUUGCACCCACGCAGCCAGGCGGCACGGCGUCCCUGGAUGCCGGUCGCUGGGAGUUUCUCGAGAGCAUCAUGGGAUACGGCAACUUGACGUUCGACUUCAAGACCCCGUCGUCGAGCAACACCUUCGUCGACGACGAGACCCUCUUCCUCGUCCCCACGGUCGAGGCAGCAGCAGCGUCCGGCUCCAACGGGGCCGAAUACAUCGCCUCUUCCCGGAUCCGCACAAAGAUGGCAAUCGGCUACGGCCGAGUAGAGGUGCGCGCCCGGAUGCCGACGGGCGACUGGAUCUGGCCCUCGAUCCGCAUGCUGCCCGCGACCAACGCCUACGGCGACUGGCCACGAUCCGGCGAGAUCGACAUCGCAUCCAGCAAGGGCAACGCCGUCCUCGCCCGCUCCGACCGCUUCGUCAACGCCAUCUCGUCGACGCUCCACUGGGGCUUCAGCAUCGUCACCGACCAGUGCGCAAAGACGACGGCCCAAUCCGUCGUCCCCAGACGCUACUUUGAUGCCGGCUUCCACACCUACGGUCUCGACUGGACGCCCACCUCGCUCACCACCUGGAUCGACCGUCCUUCCCGGCGUGUGCUCCACGUCGACCUCGGUCGCUCCCUCUUUGCGUGGAGCCGUCUUCCCCGCCUCCUCUACGGCGAGCGAAUCAGCGACCCUUGGCACGGCAAGAGGGGCGCGCCCUUCGACCAGCCCUUCCACCUCGUCCUCGACGUCGCCGUAGGAGGUACCAGCGGCUACUUUGCAGACGAGGACCGCGCAAAGCCCUGGCAGGACCAGGGCAUCAAGCCGCUCGCCGACUUUUGGAGCGCAAAGGACCAGUGGCUGCCCACCUGGCCCCAGGAUGCCAGCAAGCGCGGCAUGGCCGUCGAGAGCGUCAGGAUGUGGCAGCGCUGCUAG